UCUGUCUACGGACCAACAUGUCUUCCACCCUGCAGCACGACGGCCUCCCCGUGGGUGCCGAAAAACAAGACAAAAAGCCCGACGAGCGCGGAGAGCGACGCUUCCACCGCCAGUCGGCCCUCAUGUACGAGUCCGUCCGACGCCAAACCUUCAUCAACUGGCCCUUGACCUUCCUGGAUCCGGAUAAGCUGGCUGCGGUGGGAUUCUUCUACCUGCGGACGGAGGACCACGUGCAGUGCGCCUUCUGCCGAGGCAUCGUCGGCUUCUGGGAUCCCUCCGACGACCCUCUGACGGAACACAAGAAGCAUUUCCCCAACUGCCCCUUCGUCGCGGGGGUCGCCACGGGGAACGUGCCGAAGGACGGGUCGGACGACCAGACGGGGAAGGCCUUCAAACUCCUCGACGAUUACUACAACUACCGAGUGGCCAACACUCGCCCUCAAAGCUCGACGAAUUAUCAGACAGACUCGUUGUGCAUCCCCGAGACCAACAAGGUGGCCUUCCCUGCCCUCAACACAAUCCAGAGCCGCUGCCAGACGUUCGCGCGCUGGCCCAAGGGCAUCGGCGUGAGCAUCGACGCCCUUGCGGAGGCGGGCUUCUUCUCGACGGGCCUGGCGGACUGGGUCCAGUGCUUCCACUGCGGCGGGGGACUCCACUCGUGGCGCCAGGAGGACGAUCCCUGGACGGAACACUCCCGCUUCUACCCCUACUGCCCCUUCGUCAGGAUGCAGCGUGGGGAGGACACCGUGAUCCACUGCUGGAAGGAGAACCCGGCGCCGAGCGUUCCCCCGCGGCCCAUCGCCCUCACGCCAGAGGAAAGCGACCUCCUGCUCCACCAUCCCAUCGCUAAGAGGGCGAUCGAGAUGGGUCUCUCGCCGGCGUCGAUGAAGGGCGCCCUGAAGCUCCGUCUGGAGAAAUUGGGCAUGAUGUGUCGGACGGUGACGGAGGCGAUGGAACUGGUCUUCGAUUACGAGGAGGAACAGCGUCGAAACAACGCCGAAAAGAACAGCAGUUACGACGGCAUUCCCAUCGCGGAGACUAGAGACAGCACACCAACAGAACAUAUGACAGUUGAAGUCCAAAAUCCUUUUUUUCCGAUGGACUCCAGCGCUAUCCCAUUCAGCAUCGAGCAAAACCCGGAAUACUUGAAGUUACUUUCAGAGGUGGAGCAGCUUCGUCGAGAUGUCCUGAUGGAGGAGAAGCGUCUGAUGUGCCGGCAGUGCCAUGGCCAGCGCGUGGCAGUGGUGUUCCAGCCUUGCUCUCACCUCCACCUGUGUGCCGAGUGUGCCAGGCCGGUGGACACCUGCCCUUCGUGUGGCACCGUCGUCAGGGGGACGUUGAGACCCAUCAUCGGCUAGUGACACAGCCAUGGCGCCGACACCAGGGACGCAUCGUCGACGUCCGCUCUGCUCUCGCGACCCGGAUUCCCACGGCACAGAGGAGAGACGCUACGGCAGGUCAGCAGCACAAAGGGGGUCUUCUGUGUCUGUCGCGUCCUCAGGAACUCUGGGACGCUCCGGAUCCUAGGCAUGGAGAAGUAGUUGAGGAGUUGCAUUCACUCUCAGGGAUAUUUUACUGUGGCGCCCUCCGGACAGGUCGCCUUCUACAGCAUUUUAUUCCUUCGGAGUUCCUGCCACAACACCUGCAGGUUCAAGCAUUAUGGUUGAAACUCUGCUUUAAAGGUUUCCUAUAUAAUGCAGAUCUGUUGCGGAAAGACGUUCUGCAAAAACAUAAACUUGAUUAUCUUGAUGCAAUUGAUCGAAAGUUUAUAGAACUUAAUUGCAUAAUACUGCAUGGUAUAGGCAAACUACCAUUAUUGAAUAGAACAGGUUUAUAUUUCACCACACUUACUGAAAAUACACACUUUACACAAACACAAUACAGACCUACAGUGCAAUCGCAUUGUGAAAAAAGUCAUCAUCUAUUCUCUUCUGUCUGUUUAUAUGUCUUUUCUCAGUUUCCUGUUAUUACAGGUAAGUUAAAAUAUUCGAUGAUGAAAAAAUACUUCUACAUUCAUAUAAUCAAUUACAAAAAGCGAUGGAAAAAGCGCGUUCUGAUUAUUUUUUUAUGAUGCAUCUACGUGAUAUAGUGAAAAAUAAAGAUAAUGAGUUUG